UGAGAAACUAAAUGCAUUUGUUAGUCCAAAGAAGUUGUACACCUAAGGUGUUUAACGUUACUGACGUAGGUUAACGAACUGACUAAUGAAGCUUACAUUGGAUGUGUUAACUAACGUGGCUAUCUUCAUCUAGUAAAGUUAGCUAGCAUGGCUACCAAGCUACUGAAGUGUACAAAGAGUGAGGUCUCUGCCCUCAAUAAAGGAGCAGAGCCUACUGUCCAGCCGUUUCUCAUUACAUGGAUUUAGGCACCACCAAAGGAAAGACUGGCCUAUCUCUCUCUACCCAAUGCAAACACUCUGAGCAAACUUACAUUUGUUCUGUAAAUUGGGUGCAGGCUCACUUACCUACGCCUGUCUACACAACCAACCAGCCCGAACCGACACUGCACCUUUGAAACCUAAAGAUGUCUUCUAGGCAAAACGCCCUAACUGCUGCUGUUGUGACCCUGUUGGGGGCCACCUUGGGAGGCCUGAUGCUGUGGCGACUAAGGAUCCAGAAGAAGAAGCAGCAGCUUCCUGUUCAGGGUCGUAAGGGUCCGGCUGGGGUCAUCUCUGGUCCCUUAACCGUGGAACAGCCGUGCCCCGUCGAACCAGAGCCGGUGGUAGUAGAGAGUAAAAAGCCAGUGUCAGAGUCCCAACCUCAGAUUCCAUGUAAACCCUGUCAGUCACAGCUACCCGAUGGGCAGUGUCUGGGCUUCCCCCAGGCGUCUUUACUGCCUUCUGUUGACCAGGUCCUGGCGAUCCAGCCGGUGACUGUACACUGUGAGGAGGAUUGGGAGCAGCUGUGGCCCACGCUGCAGAAGGAGCUGGCCGUCUACCCGGUCCUUGGGCUGGACUGUGAAUGGGUAAAGACUCAAAGCGAGGGCCCGGGCGUGUCGGUCAAGGGCCGGACGUCAGCGGUGUCUCUGCUCCAGAUGGCGACCUACUCCGGCCGGUGUGUUCUGGUGAGGCUGCGGCCAUUCCGCGGGGCCUGGCAGGACCUCCCUCUCAGCCUGAAGGAGGUCCUUAGAGACCCUCAUGUCCUGAAGGUAGGGGUGGGUUGCUAUGAGGAUGGAAAACGCCUGACCCGUGACUAUGGCCUCGCUCUCGGGUGUACGCUCGACCUGAGGUACCUCGCCUUGCGACAAAGACAGGCGGUUCUGAGCAAUGGCCUGAGCCUCAAGUCUCUAGCUGCUGAUCUUCUCAAUGUGUCUCUGGAUAAAUCCUUGGAGCUUCGCUGCAGUGACUGGGAAGCGGACCAGCUGACUGUGGAACAGAUGACCUACGCAGCCAGGGACGCCCAGGUCUCCAUAGCCCUGUUCUUUCACCUGCUCGGCCUACCUUCUGACACCACUCCUACCUCACCUGGCAGUGGGCGUGGCUAUACAGAGCUGGCCAAUUGCUGCCAGGGCCUGUUGGAUAUGCCCUUCAGGGGGCGUGGUGGAGGAGAUGGCGAGGACGGGGAGAGGAGACGAAGGAAUAGAAAGCCUACUUUUGAAAGCCCAGAGUCUGGUGACCAGCAAGUUCCAGACCCCAGAAGGAACAACAAGAGAAAACCGCUGGGUGUGGGCUACUCCGCAAGGAAGUCCCCUCUUUACGACAACUGCUUCCUCCACGCCCCAGACGGACAGCCGCUCUGCACUUGUGACAAAAAGAAGGCCAAGUGGUACCUGGACAAAGGAAUAGGAGUGUUGCAGAAUGAGGAUCCAUUUAUCGUGCGUCUCCUGUUUGAGCCGUCAGGUCGUCCGGACUCCCAGCAGGACUACUACCUGACUGCAAAGGAGAACCUCUGUGUGGUGUGUGGCAAGAGUGACUCUUACAUAAGGAAAAACAUUGUCCCUCAUGAAUACAGGCGCCAUUUCCCCACAGAAAUGAAGGACCACAACUCCCAUGACAUCUUGCUGCUUUGUACGUCUUGUCACGCAGCUUCCAACGUCCACGAUGGCUUCCUGAAGCAGCAGCUGGCUGAUGAGUACUCUGCCCCUCAGGGGUGUGAGGAAGGGGUUCGUCUGCUGGAGGACUCCGACCGCAGGAGGGUUCGUUCCGCAGCCCGAGCGCUCCUCACCGCAGGGGAGGGGCUCCCGGGGUCCCGGAGGCAGGAGCUGCAGGACAUCAUCAGGAGCUUCUACAACAACCCGGAUUUGGAGCUGACACCAGACAUUCUGCAGAGGGCUGCAGGCCUGGAGACACGGAUUUUCAACGAGAGUUAUAUUCCCCACGGACUGAAGGUGGUCCAGGCACACGCCGACCAAGGCUUGAAAGGGUUAAUGGGCCUGGAGCGCCGCUGGAGGCAGCACUUCCUGUCCACCAUGACGCCCCGCUUCCUCCCGCCUCUCUGGUCGGUCAGUCACAACCACGACAAGUUCCUACGCAAGUUCGGAGAGGACCUUCUGAUCCAGCUCAACUGAAACAGUCCUGUCUAUCCUAGCCCGGAAGGCUGGUCUGUUUUGGUGGAACGUUAAGGAAACGGGCUGGUGCCCACACUACGCCGGUCUCUGUAGCCUGGGCACCAGCUAGUCUGUAUCCAUGGACUUCUCUGGAGUCAGCUGAGCUGUUACGACCGCAGCUCUUCCUGGGUGACCACUGGCUUGUCUCCACCGUUGCCCAGAGAGAGAGUUAACCCGCCUGGGUGAUCCCUGCAGGCCCCUGAUGUUCCAGUGUCUCCCUCCGGUCUGGUGAUGUUGGCUGGUUGAGGAAAUGUACUUGUGAGCCUGGCUUUAUUUCUAUAUGGUGCUAUACGUGUUGAGUGCCAAGAACAUUAGACGCUGCUAGUGAGCCGGGCAGAACCUGAAGGAUCUCAAUGAACUCUUAAUGGUGUGAAAUUCUACCUUUUUAUUCCGUAAGGAUUGUCUCAUAGGCCCACAGGUAUAGCAGUGUGUAGGGGAGUAAGGUUCUGUUGGACCCAAAGCCAAAUCUCACUGAAGGAGAGACGGACCGCUUUCGUUUGGACCAAGGUAAAGACACCACAAACGUUUGGAACACUGACUCUGUUGGAGGGUUCCUGAUGAAUUAUUGCAUAUGGACACUUUUUAACAAAAGAAAAAAAAACUUAAUGGUUUGGUUUCCAGAGCCAGGUGAGGCCGUGUCCUGGUCUAAAAAUCUAUUUCCAUUCAGAUUUUCCAGAACGAUACUUAACCGGCAAUCUGGAAACACAACCCUUGUUGAUCACUUUCAGAAAAUGUAUUUUAGAUGUCGCUGAAACCUGCUCUUGGUUCUCAUUAAAUAUAAAUUAUUUACCCUGCAGGUCUCAGCCCUAAUACGAAUAAUUUCCAUGCGUUCAGAAAUCAUUGGUUUGCUUGGCAAAGGUAACUUUUACAUUUGAUAACACUAACUUUGGUCAUGUUUGUUGAUCUUCGAUUACAAGUCAGACAUGAAUUUACUCCAGCUGAUGACCGGCUAGUAUGUGUCCCAAAUGGCAGCCCAGUCCCUAUAUAGUGUACUACUUUUUACUGGUGCUGUGUACCACACACACACACACACACACACACAAUUAACAGGACACUACUGCUUCAGUCCAGGUGGUAAGUGUCCCUGAUCUGACCAGCCCAAAUCAGUUUUUCUACUUUUUGCCUCCUAAUCAGCUCCUAAUCAUUUCAAUGUUGAGAAGUAAUAUGCUGAGGGACAAGCUCCAUUGGUUAGUGAAGACUACCUUAAAGUCACUGAGCAGGGAACCUUUUUGCAAACCUGAGAUGUUCAUGUUUUCUGGCAUGACUAUAUUGCAUUUGAUUAGUCUUUAAGAAACCAGCAGCAUUUUGUUUUAUUUACAUUUGUCCAGAUGUAACCCCGUAAAAGCUGUUCUGUUUCCCUACAAUUGUAAAUUAAAUAAAGUAUCAUAUUUGUA